CGAGGAAAAACGGUCGUAGAAGCAUUUUUCUUCACUGUGCUACAUCUGGUAGUACUAUCCGUCAGCGGCCAUAUGUAAUUUAACCUCAUUCAUUCGCAUACAGACGCACGUUGUUUAUUUUUGUUGACACCAAACUACGGUCUUACGGUGGAAAGUUUCGUAUUUCUCUCCGCUCCGACAUUCUUUUGGACGUUAAUCAGUUUAUGCCUCGGUGACUGUCCGUUGCAGGCUGGGUUGUGACAACACAGUGAUACAAUGAUCGAGCGACCAGAGACUGCGGUUCCCAGCAUCGCUCAGCGGAACCUGGAGGGCUAUGUGGGCUUCGCUAAUCUCCCCAACCAGGUGUAUCGGAAGUCGGUCAAAAGAGGGUUCGAGUUUACAUUAAUGGUCGUAGGUGAAUCUGGGCUUGGGAAGUCGACACUCAUCAACUCUCUGUUCCUGACUGACCUGUACUCCAAGGACUACCCCGGGCCCUCCCAGCGCAUAAAGAAGACUGUGCAGGUGGAGCAGUCCAAAGUGCUGAUUAAGGAAGGAGGAGUCCAGCUGACACUCACUAUUGUCGAUACUCCUGGGUUUGGCGAUGCAGUUGAUAACAGCAACUGCUGGCAGCCAGUGAUAAAUUACAUUGACAGUAAGUGCGAGGACUUCCUGAAUGCAGAGUCGAGGGUGAACCGCAGAUCCAUGCCAGACAACAGAGUCCACUGCUGCCUAUAUUUCAUCGCACCCUCUGGACACGGUCUGAAGCCGCUGGACAUCGAGUUCAUGAAGAGACUCCAUGACAAGGUCAACGUCAUCCCUCUGAUUGCCAAAGCCGACACUCUGACACCAGAGGAGUGCCAGCUUUUUAAAAAACAGAUAAUGAAAGAGAUACAGGAGCACAAAAUCAAGAUUUAUGAGUUCCCAGACACGGAGGACGAUGAGGACAACAAGCUCAUCCGGAAGAUUAAGGAGAAGAUGCCACUGGCAGUGGUCGGCAGCAACGUGGUAAUCGAGGUGAACGGAAAGAAGGUCAGAGGUCGCCAGUACCCAUGGGGCGUCGCAGAAGUGGAGAACGGUGAACACUGUGACUUCACCGUGCUACGCAAUAUGCUUAUAAGAACGCAUAUGCAAGAUUUAAAGGACGUCACCAACAACGUCCAUUAUGAAAAUUAUCGUAGUAAGAAACUCGCUGCCGUCACCUGUAAUGGAGUGGACACUUCCAAGACCAAGGGACAGCUCACUAAGAGUCCCUUGGCACAGAUGGAGGAGGAGCGCAGGGAGCAUGUCAUGAAAAUGAAGAAGAUGGAGGCUGAAAUGGAACAGGUCUUUGAAAUGAAGGUGAAGGAGAAGAAGCAGAAACUGAAGGAUUCAGAGGCUGAGCUGGAGCGACGCCACGAACAGAUGAAAAGGAACUUGGAGGCACAGUACAAAGAGCUGGAGGAAAAGAGACGAGUGUUUGAGGAUGAGAAGGCCAACUGGGAGGCUCAGCAGAGAAUCCUCGAGCAACAGAAACUGGACGCCUCCAAGACGAUGGAAAAGAACAAGAAGAAAGGAAAAAUCUUUUGAAGGGAUGCGACCGGUUCCUUCAGUUUGACACAAACUCAUUUUUUCAUCAUCCCCUCUGAAGUUCACUCGUACCGUGGCCCUCCGGACAUACACACACAUAAACAGAUAAAACACUCAGCACAUUCUACAACUUUCUUCUGUGUUGCAUUUAACAUGAACCACAUGUGACAUAGAGGCUUUUUACACACACACACACACAUACAUAUACACACAUGCAGAUGCCCUCAGCAGCCCACAUGCUCGUCUCUCUGCAGGGUUUCACUGUAUCUGUUAAAACCUCUUGUUUUCAUGGGGAAUGCAUGUUUUUGUGAAAUUCUAUUUUCCUAUAUUUCCUGACGAAGAGGAGAACCUCGAGUUCCUCUGAGCUACAGCACGGAGUUAACACAUGGCAGGGACCAUGCAUAGCCAUUUGUACACAUGUAGUAGUUGUAUGUUCUCUAGGUAUUCCAUAGAUCUACAGAUAGACGUACUAUCCCUCUUCUCGACUCUCUUUCUUUUAUUGUUCUCAGAAACAAAUAUUCACAUUUAAACACCAGUCAUAAAGACCUCAGUGAGAGUGUGUGAAGAGAAGGGAGAGUGUAUGUGAGUGAAGGAACUGAAUCAGGUGGCAGCUGAGGAGAAAGAAGUGGUGGUGUUAAUGCCCGGUCACACCAGAAAGUGGCUUUGCAAAAUUUGGGUUCUACAAGCUUGGUACUGAUACAAGCUGAUUGCUAACAUGCUGGCCAGCCACUAACACUUGCCUUUUACUCCCUCGGUUUACUCAUCGUUAGUUUCGUCACAAGUUUCUCCCUGUAGCAAAUAUGUCUUCUGAAUAAUGGACAAAUAUUCAGCGAACAGAACUUUUGUCCAUUUAGCAAACUUACUGUUCUAUUAAAAAUAUAUAUUUAUACCUUUGAUUCCCGUCUCAUAACUGUCUGCAAAGCAUUCCUUUGCGAAGCAGUGUAAACCCCAAAGCCAAAAUGGCUUUCUCUAUUUAGGACUCUCUGCCCUCUCAAAGGUCAGCACCGUCAAGAUAGCUUGCUAAUGGUCAACAGCACAAAUUCCCCCAACUUCACAAAACUCUGCCCUCGCAAGCCAAUUCACUGAUGUAAAUGUUGGUGUGACCGGGCCUUUAGACAGGAUUUACAGUCGUGUGUGUAUGAGCAGGUGUGUUUUAUUAAACUGUGUUUGAGGUCAUAGAUACUGUCGGAUCUGAAUCAGACAGGCAGAAGAAGGGAGAUCAGAAGAGCAGCCAGAUUUUUGUCAUUGCAGUGUGUUUCAUAUUUAAACAGAAGACAUUAUGCAAAAGCCUCAUUGUUGUCUCUACAGGUUACAGUGAUAACAAAGAUGUUUUAUAUUGUGGUGUAAGUGAUGGAUGUUGUCAUAGAUCUGAACCCUGAUGUCCAGCUUUUUGUGAUAUUUUCCCUUUGUGUCAAACCAGCAAAGGGAUAAUGGAUCAAAUAUUCCUUAAACCUUAAUUUCUCCCUGGACUCCUCAGAAAGAUAACCGCUUGUUUGGAGAAGUUUGUUCAGCCAUAGCUUUAUCUCCAGCUUCACUAACCAGUAUCAUACAUAACUGCUUCCUCACACAACCCCUCUGCUAUUCUGUAAAUUUCAGGUCUGAGUCAGAGUUAGAAAGCAGUGUGCUCCGACGAACCUUUAAUAAACCUUUCCAAGAGUUUCCAUGUUUUAUUUUCAUAUGAUGACGAUAUUAUUAAUACUAUAUGUAAGGCUGAAGAGCGACUCCUGGAAUCCUUUGUAGUUUUGUUAAAUGACUCACAGAUUAAUCUGUUAUUUUUAGUAUAGUUUUCAGACUGCCUGCAGUCUUAAACGUGCAUUUAAAGCAACAUGCUAAAGGGACGAACCUUACACCUUCAGCACAUAAAAAUCUUACCUGUAUGGAUUUGUUGAUGAUGGAAAUGCUUAUAUUGUGUACAUACUGGAGGCUGCUCAGUGGCCUUUUUUCUCUCUUUGUUAUUUUUCAGAAUAUUAUGCCAGGAAGUUGUACUCAGACCAGAACCUACCAUUUAAAUCUUGUCUUAACAAUCCUCAAAUACAUUUCCAUACAUUUCUACCUGCACACACAUACUGUAUACAUCUAUGCCAAUGAGUACACUUUCUCAGGACUGCUCUGUUACGCUAUAUAUUUUCUCUUAAAGUCCAGAGAAAAGCAAUGCUGUGGUCCUACAAGUUUAGAAAAAGUGUUUUGUUGUUUUUUAAUGCUUGAGAGCCACUCGCCCUUCCAACAACACCAAGUUAAGACAGACAUAAGUUUAGGUGGACUUUUCUUUUUUUUUUGUAAUAUUUUCUUUUCUUUUUUUUAAUAUGUACACUGUUUUCUGCUUCUCUUCUUUGUUUUAUGUGUUCUGCCUCUAACUGUACAUGGUUAAUAUUAAAGUUGACAAGGUUAUGC